UCAAUGCAACUCAGAUACAAACAUUGCAUCAAUUUGUAGCCAACUUCACUGCGACAAGUUCAAUGCAACUUAAAUACAAACAUUGCAUCAAUGGGAAAAGUGGGGGCCGUUAGCAGUCCAUAGGUAUACAGGGUGAUCGUCUCGUAGCCGGACACAAAGAAACUGGCGACAAUGCACCCCUUGACCGCACCAUGAAGACACACAGAGCCGUCUCGGACCGGGUAGGUCUCCGCUAGCACGUUACAAUGCGGAUCUCUUUAUGGUGCGGUCAAGGGGUUCAUUGUCUCCAGUGUUCCGUUGUAUCCGGCUGCGAGAGGAUCACCCUGUAUAAUCAAAGGUACCGACACUAACGAUGAGUGAGCCUACUGUUCUUUUUUAUACUGUGGCCUGGUGGUGUCUAGGACCCCAAAAUUAUGAUCCCGCGCGAACAAACGCGUGACCAGUCUUGUACAAUCUGUAGUCACUGUUCUAUUUCAAGCAUCAAUAAAUUAGUGUAUGUUGUAGAAUGUUCUUACAUUUUAACGUAUAAAUGUUAAACCAUAUUUAAAAUUGUUAACUAAUGCAUUUGUUUCUAAUCCUGUGGAUAAAAAGUAGUAUUUGAAAAUAGGAAUUUAUAUUAAGUUAAUGCAGUAAAUAGCAAAAUAUAACUUUAUCAAGAUGAUCUUAACAUUUUUCUACCUGAUAGCGACAUCAAUUCAGUCCAGAAGAAUUUUAUUUUUAAAAACACAUUUGUACAAAUUGUUUCAAGGAAAUACAAUCAAUUAUCCAUCGGUUAUGUUUUAUAACAAAGCAUCGUUAAAUUCUUGCAAAGAAUCAAAAUCGUGUGUAGAUGACUACGAGAACGAUGAAUUUAUGACUUCUUGUUUAUGUGAGAAUAAAAGUGAUGCUAAACUUGAAGAAUUAUUAUGGUAUCAUGGUGAUACAAGAUUGUGCACUAUAUACCCUCAACAAAAAGUUGACAUCUCAAGUUGGUUAACAUACCAGUAUGGAAAAACAUACUUUCCUUUGUAUGCAAAUAAUCACUGUGGAACUUUAUUCCAUUCCGAAUACAGACUUUAUAUUCUUGUUGAAGCUGAUCUUGACAGUUAUAAACCCCUAGCAGCAACUAAAGCCACAAAGGUUGAAGAUUAUGGUAUAAUUAUUACAUGGACGGCUGAUAAAAAUAUUGAUUUAAUCAUAGAAUCUGAUUUAGAUAUGGUCGCGAAAUUUUUUAUUGCAGCGAUGGAAGGUCAAUGUUACAUUAAUAAUGGCCUGUUACUAAAACGUAUAGAAACUGUCUUGAUAUCAGGAAAACCUUGCCUUUACAAUAACGACUUAUUGAAUUCGCCUCCAACUAAAAGUAAGAAUUUUAAAUAAUUAGUUAAUGUUAAUGAAUGUAGCUUUAAAUUAGUGUCCUUUAAAUAUGUAAUUAUUUUCAAUAUUAUGUUAUUGCUUAAUGCUUUUAAUGUGUAAAACUAUUGAAAUUGUAAAUAUUUUAUUACUCUAUAUGUAUAUUCUGAAUGCAUUAUUAGUUCAUUUUUUACAUUUAUUCGGUUUAAAUAUUAUUGUAUCGUGAAUUAGCCAUCUUAAAAUAAGAAAUAUGUAUGCACAUAGUAUUCUUAUUUCAUGUAGAAGAAUAAUUUUGUAGAUACAUACAC